CCGGGAGCCGCCGCGCCGCGCCGCAGCCCGCCGGGCCGGAGGGGUUUCGCGCUCGGAGCCAUGGGGCUGCUGGCCCUGGAGUUCAGCGACUGCUACCUGGACAGCCCCCAGCUGCGCGACCGCAUCCGCGCUCACGAGGCGGAGCUGGACCGGACCAAUAAGUUCAUCAAGGAGCUGCUCAAGGACGGCAAGACCCUCAUCGCCGCCACCAAGAACCUUUCCGCAGCCCAGAGAAAAUUUGCCCACUCCCUGAGGGAUUUUAAAUUUGAAUUCAUUGGUGAUGCUGAGACAGAUGAUGAGCGAUGUAUAGAUGCAUCUCUGCAUGAGUUCUCAAACUUCUUAAAGAAUCUUGAAGAACAAAGAGAAAUUCUGGCACUCAGUGUUACUGAGACUCUGAUCAAACCUUUGGAAAGGUUUAGAAAAGAGCAGCUAGGAGCUGUAAAGGAAGAAAAGAAGAAGUUUGACAAAGAGACAGAGAAGAACUACAGUUUGAUAGAGAAGCAUUUGAGUUUGUCGGCCAAGAAGAAAGAGCUGCAGUUACAAGAGGCUGACUGCCAAGUGGAGCAAAAUAGAAAACACUUCUAUGAGGUGUCUCUUGAGUAUGUGUGUAAGCUGCAGGAGAUACAGGAACGAAAGACGUUUGAGUGUGUGGAACCUGUGCUGUCAUUUUUUCAGGGUUUGUUCACUUUCUAUCAUCAAGGAUAUGAACUUGCCAAAGACUUUAAUCACUACAAAAUGGAUCUACAAAUUAAUAUUCAAAAUACAAGAAAUCGUUUUGAAGGAACGAGGUCGGAGGUAGAGGAACUCAUGAACAAAAUCAAGCGAAAUCCUCAGGAACGUAAGAGAGCUGAUCAGUUUACAAUGGAAGGUUACCUUUAUGUUCAGGAAAAAAGGCCUGCCCCAUUUGGCUCCAGUUGGGUAAAACACUACUGCACAUAUAAGAAACAGACAAAAACUUUCAACAUGAUCCCAUUUGAACACAGGUCGGGAGGGAAAGCAGGUGAUUUGGAAACCUUCUUUCUUACCUACUGUACCAAAAGAAAUACAGAUACUAUAGAUAGACGUUUCUGUUUUGACAUGGAAGCUGCAGACAGACCUGGUAUUCCUGUGACCAUGCAGGCCUUCUCUGAAGACGAACGGAAACUGUGGGUGGAAGCCUUGGAUAGUAAAGGAGGUCUGUUCAUCAAUCUGAAUAGACCUAACACCAGAAGGGAAGGGAGUGCGCAGUUGGAUAAGAUAGGUUUCACAAUUAUUAGAAAAUGCAUCAGUGCCAUUGAAACACGAGGUAUUAAUGACCAAGGAUUGUACAGAGUUGUAGGGGUGAGUUCUAAGGUCCAGAGACUUCUGAAUUUGUUGAUGGAUGCAAAAACCUGCAAUGAAGUUGAUUUGGAAAAUUCUGUCGAGUGGGAAGUGAAGACGAUUACUAGUGCUAUGAAGCAGUACUUGAGAAGCCUUCCAGAGCCCCUAAUGACGUAUGAGUUGCACGGAAAGUUCAUCGUUCCUGCCAAAAGUGGCAGUCCGGAGUCCCGAGUGAGUGCCAUACACUUCUUGGUUCAUAAACUGCCUGAGAAAAACAAAGAGAUGCUUGACAUUUUGGUGAAACACUUAGCAAAUGUUUCAAGUAAUGCCAAGAAGAAUCUAAUGACUGUAGCAAAUUUAGGAGUGGUAUUUGGACCAACCUUAAUGAGGCCGCAGGAAGAAACCGUGGCAGCCAUCAUGGACCUAAAGUUUCAGAAUAUUGUGGUGGAAAUCCUUAUAGAAAACCAUGAGAAGAUUUUCAGAACCCUGCCUGAUGCCACUUUCCCUGAGCCAAUCUCUAUGUCGAUAUCUCCUCCAAAUGCCCCACCAAGGCAAUCAAGAAGACAAGGGCAGCGUAAUAAGAGGCCUGUGGCUGUCUACAAUCUUUGUCUUGAUCUGGAUGAUGGUGACAGUCAUAGCUCUCCCAAGGAGGACACUCCUACUGGCAGCAUGGAUUCUCUUUCAUCCCAGUCUCCUACGCCUGCAAUCUCCAGCAGCCCUUCUGGGUCAGACAAAAAUCAUCUUAUUUUGGAUAGUGGCGAUGGAGGGGAAUGGGCAACCAAUCACCCCAAUCUGACACGCUCAUCUAUGGUCUCUUGGAUGAAUACACCGUCCAUGACAACUGCUACCUCAGCUACAGCUACUGCUACUGCAGCACCAUCGUCUAUGCCUUUUCCCACCCCUACCACAGUGGGUGACAGACCAGCGGAAAGUGCUGUUCCCAGAAAAGCAAGAGCAGUGUAUCCUUGUGAGGCAGAACAUAGCUCUGAAUUAUCUUUUCGUGUAGGAGCAAUUUUUGAAGAUGUGCAAUUAUCCAGAGAACCAGGAUGGCUAGAAGGAACUCUAAAUGGCAAGAGAGGACUUAUUCCAGAAAACUAUGUGCAAUUUCUAUAGCUCUCUGUAUUGAACGCCCAGAAGGUGUACAUGGUAUCCAUGAGUUUGUUAUAGUCACUUCUCUUUGCUUUGGUGACUGUUUUUAGUCUGUGAAGAGCCUGAUAAUGGGAUGAAGAUACAAAUCUGUUUAAAGACAUACAAUGUUGCCAAAUAGGAAUUACAAAGUUGUGACUCUUCAGGGUUUUUUAGGGGUGGGAGUGGAGAGGGGAGUAAGGGCUGGAGAAGUAGUUUUAAUUUUAUAAAGGGGGUUUUACAUGUGUAAAGAACUAUAGGAAUAUAUUUGUUUGCAAAAUAUCUAGAAUUUUAAUUCAGUUUUGAUUAUCUCUGGCUCCGCUGUCAGCCGAAGAGUAGUUUUGUUGUCCAGGGUCUCACAAAGUUGAGGUUUUUUGGAACUGUAUUUAUUUCCACUGCUCAGUUGUAUUAACUGAAUCUCUUUCUGGUUCUGACAAGAGAUUGGACAAAGAGGCUUUAAUGCUGGUGACAGGAUUUAUUUUCUGAGAGGGAAGAAGCAGUAGGUGGACAACAGGUAUCAGUAAGUAAAACCCAUAAAGAAGGGCCCACGUGCAGAUUUCCCAUGUGCAGCUGCAUUUGUAUAAUGUGUGUGGCUUCAUUCAAAGUAUUUUAUCAAGAUAAAAUACGUGAACAUGUACCCACUGGCUCCAGGACCUCCUGGGUUCACAAUGUGCAGUUUUCACAGUAGUUUUCCCACUCCAAAAAUCACUGUAAAUAAAAUAAAAUUGUAUUUGCUGUUUGUUU